ACAAUCUCCGUUUCUUCUUCCCAUUCCCAGGUCCCAAUACCCUUUCUUCUCCGUCUUGUUCCAUCCUUCCCAUUGGAUAGCGGCAUUGCCUUCCGUCUCCAUGGAUUCUCUCCGGCGAUCCUUGAAAUCGCACGGCUCCCACAAGUACUCCUCCUCCCGGACUUUGCCGUCCUCCAUCCACGAGGAGCAGCCCAUCCUCUUGGAGGAGCCGCCCGACGACGGCGAUCGCCGUGAGGUCGUUGUCAAGAUCGAUGGCACCAGCCGCGACGUCUUCGACCACCCCUCCAUCCCCUCCUCCAUCCACAUUACGGACAAUAAUCACAAUAAUAAUAACGGCAAGGUCUGGAGGGAAUCCAGCUACGAAUUCUGGAAGGAACCCGGCGCCGGACCAAGAGAAGGAUCGCGAGACGACGGCGGCAGCGGCAGCGGAUUCAGCUUCCAAAACCAGCAGCCGCGGCCGAUGCCGGAGAUCGGGGAGGACCCGCCGUCGCGGCUGAUCGGCUCGUUCCUCCAGAAACAGCGGACCUCCGGUGCCGACAUGGCCCUCGACAUGGACCUCGAGAUGGAGGAGCUUAAGAAGCCCUCCUCGAAUGUCUCCAAGGAGCUCCGAGUUUCCUUCCAGAAUCCCUCCGCCGAGAACCCCUCCUCCCGCCUCUCCUACUGCUCCCCCUCCUCAUCCGAUGACGACGAAGGUGAUCACGACUCCCGCCGAUUCAAGACCUGCCCCAGCUCCACCGCCCGCGACCCCGCCGGCGGCGAGGUCCUCCGCUGCACCUCCAACGCCUCCUUCACCGCCCCCUCCACCAUUCUCCGCGCCAAGACCCGCUCCCGCCUCAUGGACCCGCCACCCCCGUCCGCCAUCGCCUUCGCCGCUGACGACGACAAGAAAUCCGAGCGGUUCCCCCGCUCCGGCGUGCUCAGGUCCGGCAUCCUCAAGUCCGGCAUCCUGGGCAAGUCCCAGCCCGCCUACGACGAGGACGACGAGGACCCCUUCGUGGACGAGGACAUCCCCGACGAAUUCAAGCGCGCAAAAGUCGAUUUCCUCACCAUCCUCCAGUGGGUGAGCCUCAUCCUCAUCGUCGCCGCCCUCGCCUGCAGCCUCUCCAUCCCCGUCCUCGAGCGGCAGACCGUGUGGAGCCUCCAUCUCUGGAAGUGGGAGCUGCUUGUUUUCGUGCUCAUCUGCGGCCGCCUCGUCUCCGGCUGGUUCAUUCGCAUCGUCGUCUUCUUCAUAGAGCGCAACUUCACCCUCCGCAAGCGCGUGCUUUACUUCGUCUACGGCGUCCGGAAGGCGGUGCAGAAUUGCCUCUGGCUCGGCCUUGUCCUCAUCUCCUGGCACUACAUGUUCGACAAGAAUGUCGAGCGGGAGACCAAGAGCAAGACGCUCCCUUAUGUCACCAAGGUGUUCUUCUGCCUCCUGGUGGCCUGCGUCUUUCGCCUUAUCAAGACUCUGCUCGUCAAGGUCCUCGCAUCGUCCUUCCAUGUGAGCACCUACUUCGACCGCAUCCAAGAAUCCGUUUUCAAUCAGUACGUCAUCGAGACGCUCUCCGGGCCGCCCUUGGUGGAGCUCCAGAAUGCCCAGUACGAGGAGGACCGGAUGAUGGCCGAGGUCCAGAAGCUCCAGAAUGCGGGCGUCACCAUCCCGAGCGACCUCCAGGCAGCUGCGCUGCCGAGCAAGAGCGGCCGUGGGUUGAUGCAGAGGAGCAUGCAGAUGGGGAAGAGCAUCAAGCUCUCGCGGCCGGUUUCCAGGAAGGAUGCCGUCCGGCAGCAGGAGGAGGAGGGCUUCAAGAUUGACCAGCUCCACAAGCUCAACCAGAAGAACGUUUCGGCUUGGAAAAUGAAGAGGUUGAUGAGGAUCGUGAGGCGUGGGACGCUGACGACGCUCGAUGAGCAGGCAGCACGGGAGAGGGGGAUGGACGAAGCAGCGAUGCAGAUACGGAGUGAGUACGAGGCAAAGGCCGCUGCCAAGAACAUCUUCACUAAUGUGGCCAGGCCUGGUGCCAAGUAUAUCUACUUGGAGGACCUUAUGCGAUUCAUGAGAGAAGAUGAAGCUCUGAAGACAAUGAGCUUCUUUGAAGGAGCUCAAGAAAAACAAAGGGUUAGCAGAAAGGCUCUCAAGAAUUGGGUGAUUAAUGCAUUCAGAGAGCGCAGAGCCCUUUCUUUGACACUGAAUGACACAAAAACUGCAGUGAACAAACUCCACCAAAUGGCAAAUGUUGUUGUGGGCAUCAUUGUAUUUGCUCUCUGGCUAAUUAUUCUGGGUGUUGCGACUACCCAUUUCUUUUAUCUCAUUAGUUCUCAGGUUUUAGUGGCGGUAUUUAUUUUUGGUAAUACUUUGAAGAUGGUCUUUGAAGCUAUUAUUUUCUUGUUUGUGAUGCAUCCGUUUGAUGUUGGUGAUCGCUGUGAAAUAGAAGAUGUUCAGAUGGUUGUUGAGGAGAUGAAUAUAUUGACAACAGUUUUUUUGAGGUAUGACAACCAGAAAAUAAUCUAUCCAAACAGUGUAUUAGCUACCAAAUACAUUGGCAACUUCUAUCGAAGCCCAGAUAUGGGAGACUCAAUUGACUUCUGUGUUCAUGUUGCAACUCCAGUGGAGAAACUCGCCAAAAUGAGGGAAAGGAUAAUAGGAUACAUGGAGAAUAAGAAGGAACACUGGUACCCUGGUCCUGCAGUUGUUCUCAGAGAUGUGGAUGACAUGAACAGAUUGAAAAUAUCAAUCUGGAUGAGACAACGCAUCAAUUUUCAAAAUAUGGGGCUCCGGUUUACAAGGAGAGAGCUUGUGCUUGAGGAGACGAUCAGAAUCUUGAGAGAUCUUGACAUCGAGUACCGGAUGUUGCCUCUUGAUGUGAAUAUCCGAGACAUGCCUGCUGUUACCUCCACACGUGUACCAUCCAGUUGGUCAAUUUUCAAUUGAUACUAUGCACUUGGUCAUACUUCCUAUCCGCCGCUGAAGUUGAUCUCUAACUUUGAUGUGAUCCAAACUAUGGAACCGGGGAAGGAUUACAGAACCAUAAGAGGGGCUUGGGUAUGUGAUUUUGUUUCUCCUAUCCAUUUUAAGGUUUUGUUUCUUGCAUUUUUUUCGCCCUUGAAUUCUGUAGUAUGUUUAAUUAUCACUAGUUAAUUGUGUGGAUCAGCCUAUUUACACAGAGAGCCAUUGUAUAUGAUGAGCUUGUUUUUUGUAAUUGUAGUUCGAGCUGCAACAUUAAGUGUUAAUAUGUCAUUUGACAUUUUUGGUACUUUUGUUAUGGUAGUGUUUUCGGUAACAAAUACAAAAUCUGAGGUGCUC